UACCAAAAAAUUUACACAGACGGAUCAAAAAUAAAAGAACCAGUCUCAACAACAGCUGCCAUAUAUAUACAAAAUAAAAACAUUACGACCUUAUGGAAAUUGCCAAACAAUACAGAAAUAAUAGAGGCAGAAUUAUUUGCAAUAAAACAAGCACUAAUUUAUAUAAACAACAAUAAAUUACAGAAAACAGUAAUAUUAACAGACUCACAAGCAUCCAUACAAACAAUAAAAAACUACAAACCAAGAAAAUAUAAACAUAUGACAUAUGAAAUACAAUCAUUGCUACUAUUACUAAACACACAAAAGAAACAAAUAAAAAUACAGUGGAUUCCUUCACAUAAAAAUAUAAAAGGAAACGAAAUUGCAGACAAAGCAGCAAAAAAAGCUCAUGAAAUUAGAGAUCCCAUAACCAUGACACAAAAUUCAACAAACACAAUAAGAGAAAUAAAAAUGAAAAAACAAGAAAACUGGAAAGACAGUUUAAAAGAAAUACUAAAACAAAAAAAUUAUCUAAUCAAAGAUCACAACCCACAACCAUGGACAAGAUCACAAAACAGAAAAAUAGAUGUGACCAUUGCAAGACUUAUGACAAAACACACAAGACUUAAAAAACAUUUACACAAACUAAAAAUAGAAGCAGACCCUAUGUGCCGAUGGUGUAGUAACCAAGAAGAAACGCCAGAACACUUAAUAUUACAAUGUCCGAGAUUUAAUUCAUACAGAACAAAAUUAAUACAAGCAUUGAACAAAAUAGAAAUACAAAACCCUGACUUAAAUUUAUUAAUUACAGGAGCAAAUCAACAUCCUGUGAAGAAGUAUUACAUCUUAAGACAUACAAAGAUAUUUCUACAAAGAUCAAGAAUAAUAGAUAUUAUCUGAAGAUAAAGAAAAACCGCAAGAAAGGAUCCAGGGAAU